CAUAGACCGCCCCCAGCGCACCACCCCCGCCGCUUCCUCUGCUCCGGUGCUCCUCCGGCCUGACUUCCCCUUUCUCCCACCUUUCCCGGCACCGCGGGAAAAACAGCGCAGGGCAGAGCAGGCAGGGAGGGCGGCCGGAGCCCGGACACGGGAGCCUCCCAGUCAGUUCAAGACCCGACAUGAGGGAAAAGGGCCGUAGGAAGAAGGGCAGGACCUGGGCGGAGGCCGCCAAGACGGUCUUAGAAAAAUAUCCCAAUACACCCAUGAGUCAUAAAGAAAUUCUUCAAGUUAUCCAGAGAGAAGGACUAAAAGAAAUCAGAAGUGGAACUUCCCCUCUUGCAUGCCUGAAUGCCAUGCUGCACACAAACUCCCGAGGUGAAGAAGGCAUCUUCUAUAAGGUUCCAGGUAGAAUGGGAGUAUAUACUUUGAAGAAAGAUGUGCCGGAUGGGGUGAAAGAGCUUUCAGAAGGUUCAGAAGAAAGCAGUGAUGGUCAGUCAGAUUCCCAGAGUUCUGAGAACAGCAGCAGCAGCAGUGAUGGUGGCAGCAACAAGGAGGGAAAAAAGAGCAGGUGGAAAAGGAAAGUAUCAUCUAGGCUGUCACAGCCAUCUUCUCCUCAUUCGGGCUGCCCAUCUCCUACCAUUCCAGCAGGUAAAGUCAUUUCUUCAUCACAGAAGCACAGCAAGAAGGCACUAAAGCAGGCACUAAAACAGCAACAACAGAAGAAACAGCAGCAGCAGCAAUGCAGGCCAAGCAUGUCCAUCUCCUCCAACCAGCACCUGUCUCUGAAGACUGUCAAAGCAUCCAGUGACCCUGUACCUGCCAAACCUGCAAUAUGGGAAGGAAAGCAAUCUGACGGACAGUCAAGCAGCCCUCAGAACUCAAACUCUAGCUUUUCUUCUUCGGUUAAAGUGGAAAAUCAUCUGCUGGGCCUGGGGAAGAAGUCAUUCCAGAGGUCUGACAGGCUCCACACAAGGCAAAUGAAGAGAACUAAAUGUGCUGAGAUUGAUGUUGAGACGCCAGAUUCCAUUCUGGUUAAUACAAACCUACGAGCACUAAUCAACAAACACACCUUUUCAGUCCUUCCUGGAGACUGCCAACAGCGACUGCUUUUACUACUUCCAGAGGUGGAUCGACAGGUUGGUCCAGAUGGUCUGAUGAAGUUAAAUGGCUCAGCCCUUAAUAAUGAGUUCUUCACUUCAGCAGCCCAAGGCUGGAAGGAAAGACUUUCAGAAGGUGAGUUUACACCGGAGAUGCAGGUGAGAAUUCGACAAGAGAUUGAGAAGGAGAAAAAAGUAGAGCCGUGGAAAGAACAAUUCUUUGAAAGCUACUAUGGUCAGAGUUCUGGCCUGAGUCUUGAAGAUUCAAAGAAAUUGACAGCUUCACCCAAUGAUCCCAAAGUAAAGAAAACCCCAGCUGAGCAACCAAAAUCUACGCUUCCUUCAGAGCCCUCACCUGUCAGUGUAGUCCCAGUAAUUCCCCAGUUAGAAUCUAAAGAAGAAGUACUGCAGAUGCCAUCACCAGUCAGAAAAGAAGAGCAUGAAAUCCAAGAUAAGACACAGCCACACUCCACAGAGCCCCUUCUUUCCCCGGCUACCAAUACAAAUGAGCUUAGCAGCAUUCCUCCCAUCAAGUGCCCGAAGGAUGAGGCUCUUGUGGAGCAAAAGCCAGUUGCCUCUGCUGAACAGGAAUCUGAGAAAGAGAAUCAUCUCACUACACCUUCAAAUUAUAAUAAAAAUGAAAGCCAGGAAGCUUUAGUUACUUCCCUGAGCAAACCCAAGAGUCCUGGGGUAGAAACAACAGUAAUGAAGCCCACAGUAGAAGCAGGUCCACAGGAGACAACUAUGAAAGAGCCUCCAUCAACUCUGGCUGAUCACAGCCCAGAAAGCCUCAAGAGGAAAUCUUCUCUCACCCAAGAAGAGGCCCCGACAAGCUGGGAGAAAAGGCCGCGUGUCACUGAGCAUCGCCAGCACCAGCAGCCAUUUCAGGUCUCCCCACAGCCCUUUCUCAGUAGAGGGGACAGGUUCCAGGUGCGGAGAGUACCACCCCUCAAGAUCCCGGUCUCCAGAAUCUCUCCCAUGCCGUUUCCUACAUCGCAGGUCUCUCCCAGGGCUCGUUUUCCAAUCUCCAUCACUAGUCCUAACAGAACAGGAGCCAGAACCCUUGCAGACAUCAAAGCAAAAGCCCAGCUUGUCAAAGCACAGAGGGCAGCUGCCGCUGCCGCAGCCGCAGCCGCUGCUGCCGCCUCAGUUGGAGGGACCAUUCCAGGACCUGGCCCAGGCGGUGGACAGGGUCCAGGGGAGGGGGGUGAAAGGAGAACUGCUAGAGGAGGGGAUCCUGACUCAGACAGAGUCAGUGAGCCUGGCAAGGGCCCCGCACUGGAACUGGCAGGAACUGGAAGCAGGGGAGGUCCGAGAGAGCUUUUACUCGCUGGGCCAGACACUCAGCCCCAGUCUGAGACCAGGACCGCAGGCCAGCCACAGCCUCAUAGUGGCCCUGGAGCACAACUACAGCAAACCCCCUCAGUGCCUCCCGCAUCUGCCGUCGGUGGAGCGUGUGCCGGUGUCCCCUCACCAGCCCACAUUCAUGCACUCCCGCCAGCUUUAGGAAAAUUAAGUAAUGAAAAACUAAAUCCCCCCAGGGCAACAGGCACGGUGGCCUCUCCUAGUCAGCCCCAAGCGCCCAGUAACAGUAGGCAGGAGAAAGCACCUCCAGCUCUAGCAGAUCCUGCUCUGAUCACGGGUGCCUCGCCUGUUCAUUUUGCAGCCGCUGGUGCAGUGGAGCCUAAAGCGGGUUCUAGUAAGAAUGCCCCAAAUCCUCCGGCCUCAGCAGAGAUACGUGCUAGCGUUUCAGUGGAUACAACUGCCUCCCCUUUAACAUCUCUGUUAACAACAGCCACUUUAGAGAAGCUCCCUGUGCCCCAGGUCAGCGUAACCACAGCGCCUGCCGCAUCAGCUCCGUCCUUGAGCACUUUGCCGGCAGCUUCUAGCCUUAAAACUCCGGGAACUUCUUCACAUAUGAAUGGACCCAUUUCAAGGCCAAGCUCUAAUAUCCCUGCUAAUAAUCCUUUGGUAACUCAGCUGCUGCAGGGCAAAGAUGUUCCCAUGGAGCAAAUUCUGCCUAAACCUCUCACCAAAGUUGAAAUGAAAACUGUUCCACUCACUACAAAAGAGGAGAAGGGGGUAGGAGCACUCGUAGGUACCAGCGUGACAGAGAACAUCACCAGAGAGGAAGUUCACGAGAGACCGUCCCAUCCAGCUGCACAGCACCUUGGUAAAACUUUGCAAAGUAAGCAGCUCCCCCAGGUUCCAAGACCCCUGCAGCUCUUUUCAGGUAAGGAUCUAAGGGACUCUGGCAUUGACACACACCAGUACCAAGAAGGACUCAGUAAGGCCACCCAAGAUCAGAUUCUUCAGACUCUCAGCCAGAGGGUUCGGAGGCAGAACAUUCUUUCAUUUGUGCAGCCCUCGCAGUUCAACUUUACUCACUCAGGUUUCCCGUUAGAGGACAUUUCCACAAGCCAGAGGUUCAUGCUGGGUUUUGCUGGCAGAAGGACAUCCAAGCCUGCGAUGGCAGGUCACUACUUACUUAAUAUUUCCACCUAUGGCCGGGGUUCAGAGAGCUUUAGGAGGACCCAUUCUUUGAACCCCGAAGACCGAUUUUGUCUGAGUAGCCCCACUGAGGCCUUGAAAAUGGGAUACACAGACUGUAAGAAUGCAGCAGGAGAUAGUAGCAGCGGGAAGGAAGAUGAUACUGACGAGGAAAGUACUGGUGAUGAGCAAGAAUCUGUCCUGGUGAAGGAGGAGCCACAGGCUUCUCAGAGUUCUGGCAAGUGUGAUGCGAGUUCAGGACCCCACAGUAGAGAAACCCUGUCCACCAGUGACUGUUCAGCUAAAAAGAAUGUGAAGGCAGAGACACCAGUGCCUGAGCAAACCCCUUUAAGUAAGGAGAAUUACCUGUUCACUCGAGGCCAAACCUUUGACGAGAAGACCCUAGCCAGAGAUUUUAUUCAGGCAGCGCAGAAGCAGAUGGCUCAUGCAGUGAGAGGUAAGACCAUGCGGAGCAGCCCAGAGCUUUUCAAUUCUACAUCUCUUCCUCUGCCUGCAGACAGUCCUACCCAUCAGUCUCUCCUCCUUCCACCACUGCAAACCCCAAAGCUGUACGGGAGCCCCACACAGAUCGGGCCAAGCUACAGAGGCAUGAUCAACGUCUCCACCUCAUCGGACAUGGACCAUAACUCCUCUGUCCCAGGGAUGCCCGACUGUAGUCAGGUGUCUAGCAAUGUUGGUGAUGUCAUGUCCUUUUCAGUGACUGUCACAGCCAUCCCUGCCAGCCAGGCCAUGAAUGCAGGCAGCCAUGGCCAGACCAUUCCUGUUCAGGCCUUUCCUGAGGAGAGCAGCAUAGAGGACACGCCUUCCAAGUGUUACUGCCGGUUGAAAGCCAUGAUCAUGUGCAAGGGCUGUGGAGCUUUCUGCCACGACGACUGCAUCGGCCCCUCCAAACUCUGUGUCUCCUGCCUUGUUGUUCGGUAAUGAGAUCAGAAGGAGAGCUCUCUGUAAAGGAGACAAGAAUGGGGAAGGGUUGACAGAUGUGGUUUUUGCGUUCUUUUGGAAUCAUAGAAAUAAACAAGUAGGUUUCAGUUUCAGUUGUCUUAAGAGACAAGUGUUACUUAAUCAGGAACACAGAGUACAGAUCUUACAUUUUAGAGAAAGAGCACCUUGUAUAGUAAGUCCAAGUCAAGCAAGACUUUGUGAAUUUGUGACAAGUUUGCACUUACAAAAUCAUGUAAAUAUGUCACAUCUCGUCGUAACGUUUUCCAGGUGUUUAGGUAAUGAUGUAUUACUUUGACUUCAGAUUGCGGUUCCCCUUCAUGUGACUGAAAAGUUUAAUGCCACACAUGGCAAAAGGCAGCAAUUUCCCUUCUGCCCUUUCCUAAGAGGCCAGGGAAAGGAAGGAGUAGAGGAGUGGUCUGAGGAAAUGGCUCUUCAUGUUGAUUAUGUCCUGACAGUCUGACCGCAGGCUUUACAUAGAUUCUUUAGCCUUUGCAGAAUUUAGAUUGAGGGUUUACUCAGUCCCUUUACCUAGGGGGAACCUGCUCCAGUUCUUAUUUUUGGUAAGGCAUUAAUUUCAUGGGUAGUGUUUCUGACUCUGAAAGUUCUGCGUUGGUUCUUGGUUUCCACAGGCUAGUCCUAUUGCCAGGCACUCUGCUUGUGGUUUGUGAAUCCCUGCCAUUCCCUACUCCCACUUCUUGCCCUGAAGAGAGUGUGAACUAUGAAAGAGUUGCCUCACUAGACCCCUCAGGUCACCAUCCCCUGUGCAGGGCAGUGAUUCCAGCAAUAAUCUCUGAAGAUUUGGUCAUUCAUGGGAGCUUACAAACAAGUUUGAAAUACUAGUAGAAAAUUAACAGAGAAGUGUCAGUGAUAGAGUGUUCUGUUGGGUAAGCAGAGUUAAGGUGCAGAAAUUGAACUGAAUUUAAGGAACUUUAGAAGACAAUUUUAACACUAGAAACAAAGUAGCCCCUCUCUCUCCCCCUCUUCCCUCCAACUUGUUACCUAAUGUUCUACAGUCAGCUGUAUCUACAGGUAGAAAAACUCAUUAAACCACAUUUGCCCCAUGUUGUUAUAUCUGUUUUGACCUCCCAGGCAUUUGAGGAGCAUGGAAGUCAUCUUAAUUAUAUUACUUUGAACAUAUAUGUGUGGCAUACACACUGUAAAAGUCAGACACUUUUUCCUAUUUUAGAGAACAUGUCCCCUGCUUUGGAUUACUGCUGUCUACACAUUAAAGUUUCUAAUGUAAAGGGGCUUUAGUGAAUGACUAAGGGAACAUCUAGAAAGGAAGAUAAAUCAG